CAAUUUAAAUAAAGUGAGAACACCAAUUGGACAGCUCGUAGUAUGGUUGUUCUAUUCCUCGGUCCCCAAAUUAUGAAUGAUUUGAGAGAGUUCUAGAGAGAGAGAAUCGAAAUUGGCGCCCCUUUUUCUCUCUGUUUGUUUCUCUCUCUAACUUCUCGACACAGAUUCGUAAAAGCUUCUCUACUUUUAUCUCUCUCUCUCGCCAUGUCAGUGCGUAGGCGAACCUUGCUCAAGGUCAUCGUUCUCGGCGACAGUGGGGUUGGUAAGACGUCAUUGAUGAAUCAAUAUGUACACAAGAAGUUCAGUCAGCAAUAUAAGGCUACAAUUGGAGCUGAUUUUCUCACCAAGGAGCUACAAAUUGAUGACAGGCUUGUCACUCUACAAAUAUGGGAUACAGCUGGGCAGGAGAGAUUUCAGAGUCUUGGCGUUGCAUUUUAUAGAGGGGCAGAUUGCUGUGUUUUAGUGUACGAUGUUAAUGUCAUGAGGUCUUUUGAUACUCUUGACAAUUGGCACGAAGAAUUUCUCAAGCAGGCAAACCCAACUGACCCCAAGAUUUUUCCAUUUAUAUUAGUUGGAAACAAGAUUGAUAUUGAUGGUGGAAAUAGCCGAGUGGUUUCUGAGAAGAAAGCGAGGGAUUGGUGUGCUUCAAAAGGGAACAUACCUUACUUUGAGACAUCUGCAAAAGAGGAUUACAAUGUUGAUGCUGCAUUCCUUUGUAUCGCCAAGACUGCUUUAGCCAAUGAGCAUGAGCAGGAUAUAUAUUUUCAGGGCAUCCCGGAGGCAGUUUCAGAAACAGAGCAAGGGGGCGGCUGUGCAUGUUAAGUUGGAAAUAGCAAAUGAUUUGACAGAUUCAUCUUCAACUCUUUGGUUUCCUAACUUUCAGCUUUUCUUUUUCCUGUUGUGAUUCCAAGCAAUUUUUUUGGUAUUGAUUGUACAUUUAGCUCUCUCAAUUUUUUUGGCACUUGAGAAGAUGGUAGGGUGGUUUUGUCAAUUUAAGAUUCUUUGAGUUGUAGAGACUUGAAUUAGGAAGGAAUGCUGUGUACUGUUUCUAGUUGUGAGAUGGGUUGGAAUUUCAAGCUUUUAAUGCAUUUCUGCAUUGUUUUUGUUUGAUUACAAGAUGUAUGGAUAUAUGGAAUUUAAUUACUUUCUUGGUAAAAA